AUGGUCACGGUCAUGGUCCCGGCCAAGAGGAUUCUCAGCUUGAUCUUGAAGCUCAUUUACAUUGUCUCAACAACACCAUCUCUCAUUGGAUCAACCAUUCCCUCGGCGCUCCCUCUCCAACUCAACCACAAGUCUCUGCUCAUCUCAACGCAAGUUUUCUGGAAUAGUGGCACGACCAGUCCGCGAAAACCCCAGGUUACACUACGGCAUUCGGCGUUGGCCAACACCACUACCACCGUCAUCUUCGAUCUCAGACUCCAAAGUCCCUCCCAACCAGCUUAA